CAGCAACCCAAAUAUCAGCAAUCAAUACCUUUUAAACUCAAAUGCGGCCUUAUAAAUCUAUCGCCAUUGAUAAUCUCUGUACCACUACCCAACAUGAGCACACAGGCCAAGCCUCUCUCCUACAUGGAAAAGCUCUCCAACGAGGUCUUCGCUUACCGCCCUUCUGAACCUACCCCGCCGGACUCUCCAAGGAUCAUCAUCAUCGCCAGUUGGACCAAUGCACUUGAUAGCCAUAUUGCCAAAUACGUCGAUAAGCACAAGGAGUUAUACCCGACUUCGCAACUUGUUCUUGUGAAGAGCUAUAACAAGAACUUUUUCGACCCCAAGGUUCUGGCGGAGUCGGUAAAGCCAGCAGUGCCAGUUAUCAGAGCCUCAUUUCCAGACGCCACGUCAUCAACGGCUGAGCCAGGAAUCAUGAUUCAUCUCUUUUCGAACGGUGGUUCGUCGAAUAUCUCAUCGUUGUAUGAUGUAUACGCUGCGACUGCUCAAGAAGGCGAAGAUCCUUGGCUUCCGCCUCACGUAACAGUCUUUGACUCAGCACCGGGUGCUCAGCGCCUCACCAACACAGCCGCGUUCUUCAAGUCGACUGUUCCAAAGUCAUAUCGCUGGGUGUUUAUGCCGAUUGUCUAUUUCGUUGCAGCUGCAUGGCAGUUCACCAAGGUUCUUGGUCUUACAAAAGACUGGCUGGCUUUUUGGGGUUCGACUCAUAAUACGGCUGAGGGCAAGAGGGAGCGUGAGAUUCGUCGAACGUACAUUUAUAGUGAAGAGGACGAGUUGAUCGAUUAUAAAGAUCUGGAAGCCCAGGCUGCUGAGGCGGAGAAGCUGGGAUUUGAUAUCCAUCUGGAGAAGUUUGACGGGUCUCUUCAUGUUGCGCAUGCCCGAAAAGAUGAGGCGAGAUACUGGAGUGCUGUCCAGAAGACUUGGAGUGGUUUUGAGUAGUCGACAUAUAUCGGCCUUGAAAAUGGCAGCCUUCCGAACCGUUUCAUAGACUCAAAGCCGAAGAUCUCCUGGCAGAUGAGCGAAUGGUGGAGGUCGAAGAGAGAUUAAUCCUUACACGAUGAAGUAAGUGAGCAC